AUGCCGCAUGUUCGGGCAAGGGAAUACCUGGUCCCGGAUAGCCAAUACAGACUGGAGUAUGUGGAGGUCAUUCAAAGGCACCACAAGAGAACUCCGUACCAGAGUAAUACAUUUCCGGUGGAAGAUAUUGAGUGGAAUUGUGGAGACACAAGACAGUUUUAUUAUGGCGAGCCUAUGGAUGGAUUUGAGGCCGCGAAGGUUUAUUGGGAUAACUACGAAGACCCUUUAAACCCUCUACGAAAACGGGGCUACCAGGGUUCAUGCCAAUUCCCACAGAUUACUAAAGACGGUCUCGAUGAUUCCUAUACCCACGGAAAGGACCUCUACGACGUCUAUCAUAAAAUACACAAAUUCCUUCCUGCAAAAUAUGAUGAAACAACAGUUUUUCGAGCGACCAGUAAUGUGAUCACAUCACAGGUUGCGGGAGCUUUAAUCAAGGGAAUGUUCGGCUCGUCUGAUAAAGUUCCUGUGCUUCAGCAAUAUGAUACCAUAGACUCUCUUCGUCCUGGUUACUCUUGUCCUUACGCGGAGAGUAUCCGUGGUGGUUAUCAGGGAAGUAAUACAAAUUGGACUGAACACUUAAAGCUGAGUCAGUGGCUUUUCGGUGAGCUUGAUGCAGUAUCGGGUGUUAAUUCUACUGAUAGUGAAUGGCACUCUUGGUAUGAUCAUUAUUUCGACAAUCUUUCCUCCCGUCUCUGCCACUCAAAACCUCUCCCAUGCUCAGCCACUUCCCCGAGCAAAUGCAUAAGCCGUGAAAUGGCAAAUAGCGUCUUUCGUAUCGCCCAAUAUGAAUACUCCUACAUCUUCCGCGACACCCCCCGAUCGCUUGAAUAUGCAAGAACCAAGUACGGUCUCUACCUCCACGAGCUUUCGGCCCGUCUGCAGCAGCACGUCGAUGGCAUCCAAGGCUCAAAGGUUAAAUAUAGACAUAACAUAGGUCAUGACGGUUCUAUAUCGCUGCUAUUGGGAGCAUUACAGAUUAGUGAGAUGGUCUGGCCCGGAAUGGGGUCCGAGGUUAUAUUCGAGCUCUAUUCGAGCUCGAUUCUAGAUGCCGGCCUCAACAAGAAGUGGUACGUGAGAGUUUUGUGGGGUGGGAAGGUCAUGCACUCAUCGGCGAUGGGAGAGGUUAAUAUGAUUCCCGUGGAAGAGUUUAUGGGGUAUCUACGUGAUUUAGUAGGGGACAGUGGGGCUUAUGUGCGCGAGAAAUGCGGGAUUUAG